GAGAGUGAUUCGAGAAGACACGGGGCUGAGCGGGGCGGGCGGAGCUACAACGACUAAACUACGGAACCCAACCUGGUAGGAGAAAAAAAAAAAAGAAAAGAAAGGCAUUCGACUCAAAGCGACCACCGUACAGCGGAGGAGGAUUAGUUUUGAUGUUAUAUGUCCCAUAUGAAGAAGAAAAAUGAAACUCAGGUCUCAGAGAACGGUUACGACUUGUCCGGAGACGCCGAGGAGUAACGGCCGCCGGUCCGUGAAAGCGACGCCGAGACGAAGGCGCCCAUCGGUGACCGAAAGCCCGCUGCCAACUAAGGUUGAAGAGACGGUGGAUAAUGACUCCCACCACUCAGAUGAUGAAGUUCCCACAAUGACGAGGCGACCACUGCCUCGCGGCCGGGCGAGGAAGAGAGCCAUCGCUGUGGAGGACAGAGAAACGGAUUUGGCCUUCAAGACUCCGAUCAGGCCCAUCAUGCGCCACGAGCGCAUACUGUCAGAGAUCAACCCGUCGCCUCCCUGCAACUCCACGUCCAGAAAAAUCUACUCGCCCAUCGUUCGUUUCCUCACACCGAGCAAAGAGAAUAUGAGGUGUGCAGGUACCGGAGGCAACGUGUUGAUGAGCCCAGAACAAGGUGUGUUUGGUUAUGGCUCCAUUGACCUUCUGGCUGGAGACGAGGACGAUGACGUCUUCAAUCCAUUUACCUUCAUCAAGAACAUCCCAUCACAGUCUCAGCAUUCCCAACCCAGACUCAGAGACAUUCCCCCGAAGACCAGGAGCACUCCAGAGGCCACGCUGGUGGUCGACUUGGAGGAGACUCUGAUGUUCAGCUCUCUGAACGUGAUCGAGGACGCAGAGUUCACCUUCCACGCGGCUUUCCAGGACCAUCAGUACAAGGUGUACAUGAUCCUGCGACCACAUGUCAGAGAGUUUCUGCAGUCCAUGGCAAAAAUCUAUGAGCUAUUUGUUUACACAUGUGCAAAGAAGGAAUACGCCGAGAAGAUACUGGACAUCCUGGACCCACAGAGGAAACUGUUUCGACAUCGUCUGUAUCAGGACGACUGUGCCUGCGUCCUCGGCCACUACAUCAAAGAUCUCGGCACCCUGGGGAGGGAUCUCAGCAAGACGGUGGUCCUGGACAACGCACCACACACAUACCCAUACCAUCUGAUGAACACGCUUCCCAUCAAGAGCUGGUCUGGGGAGUCAGAGGACAAAGAACUCCAGAAACUCAUCCCUUACAUGGAGAAACUGUCCACAGCGGAGGAUUUUCAGGAGGUGCUGAAGAAGAGGAAGGAUCACUUCCACCGGCUGCUGUCGGAGGACUGACAGCAGGCUCUCCCACACCCGCCCUCACUUCAACUACUUUACGUGACUUUCACAGCUCAUGUUUGCUUUCUUCUUUGCUUUGGCUAAAAAAGCAGAAUCCAUUUGGAAUUGGCUAAAACCUGAAGCCCAUUGUGUUGUGGCCGGACCCGCUCGUCCUCCUCCGUCCGCCCUGAUGAGUUAAAGGGGCAGCAGAUCGGUAUUUCAAACAUGCCGCUGGUCGUUCAUCACCCAAACCUCUUUUCUUCGAGACUCAUUCCACAGGGCAAUAAACUGCUACCCAGAGUUUGUGUAUAUUUACACGACAAAAACUUGAAAUAUGUUGUUUAUAGUCAUAAUUUUUAAUUUAUUGAUUAUAUUGCUAAUCAACGGCUGUUAUCUCUGUAUAUUUUAGAUAUGCUUUUUUUAAUACAAUAAAAAUAACCCUGGUAAUAAAUGGGGAAAAUAAAGCACUUAAUGUCGGUCUUCA